GUCCACCUGACUAGAUUCUAUUGAUUUCUGCCUCGGAGCUGGAAGUCACAUUUGGGAUUGAUCUACUACCUUGACUCAACUGUCAUCUUCCAUUUAUCCUACUCUCCCCAAGGCAACAUAACCUCUUUACGGAGCCUUUGUGGCUGGUUUAUGCAGUCGAGGGGGAUGUACUGCGAGAGUAUUUAUUGCAACGAUCCAUCUUUAUGACUUCAAGCUCUGAGACGUUCGUACAGCUCGUUCAUCUUAGAAUGUUUCACGCCCUAUUGCGUAAUCAGAAUCCUCCGUAUUUAAGCCUUAGCUCCUGACCAUCGCUUUUCUCUUGCUCUUCUUGUAACCUUAUUAUUUUUUUUCGUCUUGCGUUAAUAAGGGCGUCGAUAGUUAUAUUUUCGACCAGAAGCAGCACCAGGAACGUCUGAGCCGUCGCCAGCUUUUCGCGCUACCUCGCGACGAUGUCAGAUUCCAAUGAUGACUGGUUACCAGAGAAGAAGCCUACAUCAUCAAGCUUCAGUGUCGCCGCCAGAGUCGCGACUUUCAGGACCAAGGCCAGUCAAGGUGGCGGAGCCGUUCCGGUACCUGCUGGUUCGGGCCGAACCGUACCCAGUGCUGCUGGUUCGGGCCGAACUGGACCGAGUGCUGCGGUUUCAGGAGUUGCGAAAGACUCCAAUGUGGGUCUGGAGGUGGAGCUCGGGCAGCUGAAAAUAAAGAAUAUGGACAUGCGGCUGAAAAUGGAGACGAUGCAAGGGGAACUGAAGGCGGCGAAGGAACAAAUUGGGCAGAUGACGAAAGAGAUUGACUCAUGGAAGACAGGUGGCGUUUCGAAGGAUACUGCUGGUGAAAUGCGGGCGGAAAUUGAGAAGCUGAGGAGCGAAUUGGCGGAGAGCAAAAACGCUGGAGGGCGGGGAGCCGCGAUGGGGGCAAAAGAUAAGGAGAUUAAAGAAAUGGAGGAGAAAAUGAUGGCUAUGGAGGUGGAUCUUGGGAAGUAUAAGUUUGUGCAUGACAGCUUAAAGGAGAAAGUGGAGAAGCUUACAAAGGAUAACAAGAGGAGGAUGGCUUCGGAGAAAGAGGCUCUGGAAGCGAUUGGGAGGGUGAGGGAGGAGAAGGAGGCAGUAGAGGGGAAACUGGAAGAAGUUGAGAAGGAGAGGGAUGAGGCACGGAAGGCGAGGGAAGAGGCGGAAAUACAUAAGGUGCAGGCUCUGCUGGAGAAAAGAGAGGUGGUGUCGAAAAUGGAAGAGUUGGUGGAGGCCGCACGGAGGGACGCGGAGGAGGAGAGGAGGGGGGCGGAACGGCAGAGGGACGAGGCUCUGACGCGGAAAGCGGAUGUGGAAGGGGAGAAGGCGGAGCUGCAGAAAGUGCUUGAGGACGAGCUCAAGAAGCGCGAGGAGGCGGAGGAAUUGAUGGAGCAGGCUAUUGGGGAGAAGGCAGAGGCGGAGAAAGGUAAGGGAGAGGCGGAGAGGGCUAAGGACGAGGCGGAAAAGGCCAAGGAAGAGGCGGAUGCAACACGAGAGCAGGCGGAGAGGGUGCGGGACGAGGCUCUGGCGGCGCAAGCGGAGGCGGAGGCAAACAGAGCAGCGGCGGAGGCCGCCGCUGCUGACGCAGAGACGGUUCGAGCUGAUGCGGAGAGGAAGCAGCAGGAGGCGGAGGCGGCAAGGGAAGAAGCGUUGGCGGAGAAAGAGAAGGCGGAGAGGAUUCGUGAUGAGGCGGAGGAGCAGCGCGCGGAGGCGGUUAAGGCGAGAGAGGAGGCGGAAGGGGCGAAGGAGGAGGCGGAGCGGGCUCGGGCACAGGCGGAAGGGGAGCAGGCAGAGGCGGAGAAGGGGAGGGCGGAAGCGGAAGAGGCGCGCGUGGAAGCUGAGGAGAGGCAGCGGCAAGCUGAGGGAGCGAAGGAAGAGGCUGAAAGGGCGAGGGAGGAGGCAGAGAAAGCAAAAGAGGAAGCAGAGAAAGCACAGGAGGAGGCGGAGAAAGCAAAGGAGGAAGCAGAAAAAGCAAAGGAGGAGGCUAUAAGUGCAAAAGAGGAGGCCGAGCGUGCGAGGGACGACGCCCAAGCACAGCAGCAGCUGGCAGGGGACGCUCGUUUAGAGGCUGAGCGGAAGCAAGCGGAGGCGGAAAAGGCGAGGGAGGAAGCUGAGUCGGAGACGAAGCAGGCUGUGAUGUUGAGAGAGGAGGCGGAGAAGGCUAAGGAGGAAGCAGAAAGGGAGCGAGCAGAGGCAGAAAGCGCUCGGGAGGAGGCUGAAGUGGCGAAGGCGCAAGCUGACAAGGACAAGGACGAUGCUGAAGCAGCAAGGGUGGAGGCUGAGAAGGACAAGGAAGAGGCGGAGGCAGCCAGAGCGGAAGCGGAAAAGGCUCGGGAGGAGGCGGAAGCAGCGAAAGAGGAAGCUGAACGCGCUAGGGGUGAGGCGGAGACAGCAAAGGCUGAAGCGGAGAAGCGGAGGGAGGAGGCGGAGGAGGGGAGGGCGGAAGCUGAGAGGAGGCAAGCCGAAGCGGAGAGUGAGAAGGCUGAGGCAGAGCGGAAGGAGCAGGAGGCAGUGGAAGCGAGAAAGGACGCCGAGGCGAGGAGGGAUGAGGCCGAAAUGAGGAAAGAGGAGGCUGAGAAGGCGUGUGAACAGGCCGAGAAGCUGAAAGGGAAUGCAGAGAAGGAGAGGGACGAGGCUGAGAGUGCUCGGAUGGAGGCAGAAAAGGCGCGGGAGGAGGCGGAGGAGAGGGCAGAAGAGGCGGAGAGGAAGAGGGAGGAGGAGGAGGAGGCGAGGGUGGGGGCGGUACAUGGGAGAGAGGAGGCGGAGAAGGGUAGGGAGGCUGCUGAGAAGGAAAGAGCAGAGGCAGAGAAGCAGAGGGAAGAGGCGGAGAAGGGACGUGCGGAGGCGGAGAGGAGGAGGCAGGAGGAGGAGGAGGCGAAGGUGAGUGCGGAGCAUGAGAGAGAGGAGGCGGAGAAGGGUAGGGAGGCUGCUGAGAAGGCAAGGGCAGAGGCGGAGAAGCAGAGGGAGGAGGCGGAGGAGAGACGUGCGGAGGCGGAGAGGAAGCAGGCAGAGGCGGAGAGGAAGCAGGCAGAGGCGGAGGCGGCGCAAGCAGAGGCGGAGGAGGCGAAGGCAGAUGCAGAGGCAGCGAAGGCAGAGGCGGAAGCUGCUAGGGCCGCAGCGGAAAAAGCACAAGGAGGGGCGGAGAGGAGGAGGGAAGAGGCUCUGGAAGCCAUGGCUGCUGCUGAGGCGGGGAGGGCUGCAGCGGAGCAAGCUCAGGCGGAAGCGGAAUCUGCCAGGGCGCAGGCGGAGAGCAUGAGGGAGGAGGCGGAGAGGAAACAGGCGGAGGCGGAAGAGGCGCGGGAGGUGGCAGAGGGAAAGAGGGAGGAGGCUGAGAGGCAGAAGGACGAGGCUGUGAGGAGGGAGGAGGAGGCGGAGAGGGCGAGGGAGGAGGCUGUUAGGGAGAAGGAACUGGCAGAAGGGAGGAGGGAUGAGGCUGAGAAGGCUAAGGUGGAGGCAGAGGAGGCUAAGGCACAAGCAGAAGAUGCUAAGGCGCUGGCUGAAGCAGCAAGAGCAGAGGCGGAGGGAGAGAGGGAUGAGGCGGUUAAGGCGAGGGAGGAGGCGGAGAGGAGGAAGGAGGAGGCGGAGAGUGCUCGUGCUGAGGCGGAGAGGAAGCAGGAGGAGGCGGAGACAGGGAGGGAGGCAGCUGAACAGGCUCAGGCAGAGGCUGAAGCGAGGAAAGCAGAUGCUGAAAGAGCAAAGGAGGAGGCGGAGAGGGUGAGGGAUGAGGCAGAGAGGCAGAGAGACGAGGCUGAGAGGGCUCGGGAGGACGCUGAACGGGAGAAAGAGGAGGCGCAGGGAAGGCAAGCCGGGGCAGAGAAGGCGAGGGACGAAGCAGAGGCUGCGAGGGGAGAGGCGGAGAGGGAGAGGGAUGCGGCGGAGGAAGCUAAGGAAGAGGCGUUAAGGAAGCAGGGUGAGGCGGAGAAGCAGAGGGAGGAGGCUGAGGAGAAACAGGCGGGGGCUGAGGCUGCUCAGGCAGCAGCGGAGCAGAAGCAGGAGGAGGCGGAAGGUAGGAUGAGGGAUGCUGAGCGGGCAAGGGAGGAGGCCGAGAGAGAGCGGGAGGACGCUGUUAAGGCAAGGAAAGAGGCUGAGAAGGCGAAGGAGGAGGCUGAGACGAGGAGGGAUGAAGCAGAGGCGAAGCGAGACGAGGCUGUGAAGGCACAAGAAGCAGCUGAGAAGAAGCAGGAGGAGGCAGAACGAGAGAGGGAUGAAACAGUGCGGGGUAAAGAGGUGGCUGAUGCUAAGAGGCUGGACGCUGAGGCUGCUCGUGCUGAAGCAGAGGAGGCGAGAGAUGCGGCAGAGGAGAGGCGGGAGGAGGCCGAGAAGGCACGUGCCGAGGCUGAAGGUAAGCAGCGGGAGGCGGAGGAGAAGCAGAGGGAUGCGGAGAAGGCGAAGGAGGAGGCUGAGGCAAGGCAGGCAGAAGCGGAGAGUGGUCAGGCUGAAGCAGAGAGGAAGGAGAGAGAAGCGGAGCUGAGGAAAGAAGAGGCAAUUGAGGCUAAGGAGCAGGCAGUUGCUGCCAAAGUAGAGGCGGUGAGAGCGAGGGAGGAGGCUGAGGCGAGCAGAGAGCAGGCAGAGCAGGCUAAGGCAGAGGCUGAUGCUAAGAGGGAGGAGGCCGAGAAUGCCAAGGCAGAGGCUGACAGGAAGCAGGCUGAGGCUGAGAGGGCAAGGGAGGAAGCAGAGGCGGAGAGAGAUGAGGCUGUGAGGGGGAGAGAGGCGGCAGAGAAGGCCCAGCAGGAGGCAGAGGAGGCGAAGGAGCAGGCAGAGCAGGCGAAGGAAGAGGCGGAGAGGGCUCAGGAGGAGGCUGAGGCUGCAAGGGCAGAUGCGGAGGAGGGGAGGGAGGAGGCCGAGAAGGCCAGGCAGAGUGCACGGGCGAGUCUCCAGGAGUCCCUUGCUUUGCUGGGCGAGGCUGCUAAUGCGAGAGCUGAGGCUGAGAAAGAGCAGGCAGAGCUGGAGAGGAAGAAGGCCGAGGCUGAGUACGCGAGGGACGAGGCUGAUGCGCAGAGGGAGGAGGCGGAAGAGAUGAGGGAGAAGGCUGAGAAGGCAAAGGAGGAGGCGGAACGCAGGAGGGAUGAGGCGGAAAAGACAAAGGAGGAGGCUGUGAAGGCGAGGAUGGAUGCUGAGAGUGCGAGGGAGGAGGCAGAGAGGAAGCAGGGGGAUGCGGAGGGGAAGCGAGCUGAGGCGGAGAGGAAGCAGCAGGAGGCGGACAGGUUGAGGGAGGAGGCUGAGAAAGGGAGGUUGAUUGCGGAGGAAGCGAGGGCCGAGGCAGAGCAGGCGAGGGAUCACACGGCUCAUGUGCUGGAAGAGACCAAGAAGGAGCUCGAGCUGAAGAGCCGCGGCUUUCUGAAAAAGGUUUUCAAGUGAGACAGAAUGGCAAUUUCUUAUUUAUUCUUCAAGCCUUGUGUCGUUAGGUUCAAUGCUAGGGGACAUGCCUUCUGUAGAUUUAUGUGAAUUGCUUACAGAACUAUCAAAUGAGGGAAUUGAA